GUCGGGCGCGCUGCUGAGGGGAGGCCGCGGCUGAGGAAGAUGAAGAUCCAGUUUCGGACGUGAGACUCACUGGGUGAUCAUUUCAUUGAGAUCAACCUGAAUGACCAGGUGAAAAGUGCAAGAGGAAUGUGCUAUGACUGAGGUUUUAUUUAUUUGAGAGAGAGACAGAGAGAGCAUGAGCAGGGGUGAGGGGCAGAGGGAUGAGCAGACUCCCCACUGAGCAGGGAGCCCAAGGCAGGGCUUGAUCCAGGACCCUAAGAUCAUGACCUGAGCUGAAAGCAGACACUUAACUGACUGAAUCACCAGGUGCCCCUUGCUACAAGAACAUAUAACAAGAGGACCUGAUCUAGUCAUGGGAUCAGGGGGGUUUUCCCUGAAGAAAGAAAUCUGAGCCAGGAUCUGAAGGUCAGGCAACGUGAAUAUUUUUUAUUGCCCAUCUACUUCUUCUGAUUUAACAAAAGAUACUAUAUCUCCAGCAGCCCCUAAAGCCUAGGAGUCCAGUAAAUCAUUAAACAGACUCAUGACUGAAAAACAGCGGGAAGAAGCAGAAUGGGAAAGCAUAAAUGUGCUGUUGAUGAUGCAUGGCUUAAAGCCUUUAUCUCUAGUCAAAAGAACUGAUCUUAAAGAUCUCAUCGUUUUUGAUAAACAGUCAUCACAAAGGAUGAGGCAGAAUUUGAAAACAUUGGUGGAGGAAACAACACGUCAACAGAACAUGAUCCAGGAGCUCAUAGAAACUAAUCAGCAGCUUAAAAAUGAACUUCAGCUAGAGCAAAGCCGAGCAGCCAAUCAGGAACAACGAGCUAAUGACUUGGAACAUAUUAUGGAGAGUGUGAAAUCCAAAAUUGGUGAAUUGGAGGAUGAAUCCCUAAAUAGGGUUUGCCAGCAACAGAAUAAGAUAAAAGAUCUUCAAAAGGAAUAUAAAGCUUUACAGGCAAAAUGUCAUCAUUAUAAGAAAAAACGAAUGGAGCAACAAGAUAUUAUUACUUCUUUGCAAAAGGAUAUCUAUAGAUUAACAAAGGAGGACGAAGAGCGCGUUGUCACUCAAAACAGAGUAUUUGCUUAUCUCUGCAAAAGAGUUCCUCAUACCAUCUUGGAUAGACAGUUACUUUGCCUAAUUGAUUACUAUGAAUCUAAAAUUAGAAAAUUUCAAAAACUAAGGCAAUAUAAAGAAGAUGAAAGUCAGUCAGAAGAAGAAAAAGACUAUAGAAGUUUGGAUGCCUCACCGACUUAUAAAGGCCUUCUAAUGUCAUUACAGAAUCAACUCAAGGAAUCGCAAUGCAAAAUUGAUGCACUUUUAAGUGAGAAGCUGAAUCUCCAAAAAGAUUUGGAAACCAGGCCCACACAGCAUGAAUUAAGACUUUAUAAACAACAGGUGAAGAAACUGGAGAAAGCCCUUAAGAAAAACAUCAAAUUACAGGAUCUUAUCGGUCAAAAAAAGGCAGAGGACCCAGAGAAACCAGAUGAACCCAACAGAGAUAACCAGCAGCAGGCCCUAAUUGACCAGAGAUACUUUCAGGUUCUGAGUAGCAUCAAUUCAAUUGUUCAUAAUCCAAGAGCUCCAGUAAUAAUUUAUAAACAGAGCAAAGGAGGAACCCAACAUUUUAAUAAAGAUCUUGUUCGAGAUUGUGGAUUUGAGCAUCUUAUUCCUAUAGUAGAAAUGUGGGCAGAUCAACUGACUUCUCUAAAGGAUUUGUAUAAGUCCUUGAAAAUACUAUCUACAGAACUGGUGCCUUGGCAUAACUUAAAAAAGCAUGAUGAAAAUGAAGGUAUUAGAGUUGAAGAUCUGUUGUUUAUAGUAGAUACCAUGUUAGAAGAAGUUGAAAAUAAGGAAAAGGACAGCAAUAUGCCAAACUUAAAAACUUUGCAAGCUAUUGUGUCUCACUUCCAAAAGUUAUUUGAUGUGCCUUCUUUAAAUGGAGUCUAUCCUCGAAUGAAUGAAGUUUAUACUAGGCUUGGAGAAAUGAACAAUGCUGUGAGAAACCUCCAAGAACUCUUAGAAUUAGAUAGUUCAUCCUCAUUGUGUGUGUUAGUGAACACAGUUGGAAAAUUGUGUAGGGUGAUUAAUGAGAACAUGAAUGAACAGGUUAUGCAGGUAUUGGGACCUGAAGACCUCCAAAGCAUUAUCAACAAAUUGGAAGAACAUGAGGAAUUUUUCCCAGCAUUUCAGGCAUUUACUAAUGAUCUACUUGAAAUCUUAGAAAUUGAUGACUUGGAUGCCAUUGUACCUGCAGUAAAGAAAUUAAAAAUACUUUCAUACUGAAAACAAAUCAAAUCAUUGUUACUGUGUAAAUUGCAUUCUUAACAUUAUGAGUAUUUUGUAGGAUUGAUCUUGCUUUGAGACAAGGGUUGUAAAUGUAUUUACUCUCAGGAUUCGUCCCCUUCUUAGUAUUGGUCCUUCCCAUUUAUAUUUUUUAUUCACUUUGAGAUUCCUAUAUAGAAAACAGUUGUAAGCUAAAGUGGUAAGUUACCUUUAAGUCCUCUAAUCAUUCCUUAGGCAAUUCUUGAGUGCUUAAAGUUUAAGAUUGUUUAAAGUAUAGUGUGUGAGUAAAACAGAAACUCAGGAAGAGAAGUUGCAAAUAAUAGAAAUGUUGCAUUUAAGUUGAAGAUUUAGUGACCUUUUUGAUUCUGGGAACAAGAAUUGCCAGUGGCUCUCUUAAAUUCAGCCAAUAGGAACCUAUUGCUUUCCUGGCCAGGAAAUGGCACAUUCUAUUAAGAUACCCCUCAUGGCACUUGCCCUUUCAUAGCAGGAGGAAGAAAAGGAAGAAAUGUUUUAUCAUUGUGUUAGGAUAGGAAAUGAAUUAUGAGGUACUAUAGCGGGGUAGGUAGUAGUCUCUCAUUAAGAAAAGUAUCUUUUUGCAAUCUUGAUGUAAUAUAGUUUUUAUAAGGACAUGAAAUCUUAAAUAAAGUUUUUGUGAAGAAUUUCCAAAUAUAAGUGUCCUCAGUGACUUAUUUAUUUAUAUUAUGCACAAAUAGUGAAUUAUAUUUUCUUACAAGGCUGAGCCUUGAUGCAUUUUAUUUUACAUAAGAAUACUUUUCUUGCUGCCUUCUGCUUAUUCUCUGUUCUCAGUAUUCACUCUGAUUUUCGCAAGGGACCAAUGUUACUGCACCCUCCUCCCUUACUGCUCUUUUGUAAGUAGCAAGCUUAGGCUUUUUCUAGAUUCAAAACUCUUUGUUUUGUUAAGGUGCAGUUACAUUUUUAAAUUCUAGCCCACAAUUUGUGAAAGAAUCUGUGUCUUUGAGAGAGGAGUAGAAAAAGUAAUUGGAUAUUCAAUAAUGUAAGCACUCUGAGUUGAUUAGAUUACUCCAAGAAAUUGCUAUGAGGCAGUUUGUGAAUCUAACAGUAUUUGAAAGGAAGGAAUUUAAUU